AUGGAAAUGCUACUGUUUGGUGUCUGGGCCCUGCUGGCCCUGAUUCCUUGCCCAGGGGCUGCAGAAGACCUAUUUGAGGUUUCUGUUUGGCCACAUCAGGCCCUCGUAAAGUAUGGGCAGUCCCUAAUGGUCAACUGCAGCACCACCUGUCCAGACCUGGGACCCAGUGGAAUUGAGACCUUAUUAAAGAAAACCCAGGUGGGCAAAGGGCCUCAGUGGAAGGAGUUUCUCCUGGAAGAUGUCACACAGAAUUCCAUCCUGCAGUGCUUCUUCUCUUGUGCAGGGAUCCAAAAGGACAUAAGCCUUGGCAUCACGAUUAAAGAGCCACCAGCGCAAGUGAUCAUGGAGCUGCAACCUGAAUGGGUGGCUGUGGAUGACGCCUUUACAGUGACAUGCCACGUGCCCAGUGUCACACCCCUGGAAAACCUCACCCUUACCCUUCUCCAGGAUAACCAAGAACUACAUAGAAACAAUUUUAGGAGCUUGGCUGUGGCCUCCCAAAGAGCUGAGGUCACCAUCAGUGUCAAAGCCCAAAGGGAGGAUGACAGGUGCAAUAUCUCCUGCCAUGCAGAACUGGACCUGAGUUCACAUGGUGGAGGGCUCUUUUGCAGCAGCUCAGCCCUCAAGGUGCUCCGAAUCUUUGAAUUCUCUCAGAGCCCCCAAAUCUGGGUCUCUUCACUUCUGGAAGCUGGGAUGGCAGAGACCAUGAGCUGUGAGGUGGCUAGGGUGUUCCCAGCUGAAGAGGUAAUGAUCCGCAUGUUCCUGGGAGACCAGGAGCUUAGGCCCUUCCUCUCCUGGGAGGGAGACACAGUAUGGGCCAAUGCCAGUGUUCGGGCCAUGGAGACUGGUGAUCAGGAGCUGUCUUGCCUUGUAUCUCUGGGUCCGAUGGAACACAAAACAAGAGAGCCAACAAGAGAGUCUAUAGUAAGCUUCCCUCUGCCAAUCCUGGAGAUAGAAGAAUUACACCCAUUGGCAGGGACAGAAAUUAACGUGACCUGCUCAGGGCACGUAUUAACAUCACCCAGCCCUACUUGUCGGCUUCAGGGAGCCCCAGAUCUCCCUGCCCCUGGGGAGCCUGCCUGGCUUUUACUUACCGCCAGGGAGGAAGAUGAUGGCCGAAAUUUCUCCUGUGAGGCCUCUUUGGAGGUUCAGGGUCAGCGGUUGAGCAAAACCACUGUGAUCCAACUCCAUGUCUUAUACAAGCCACGAUUAGAGGAAUCUGGUUGUCCUGGCAAUCAGACCUGGUUGGAAGGGAUGGAGCAGAUGCUUGCCUGUGUCCCAAAGGGAAACCCGACACCAAUCUUGUCGUGUACCUGGAAUGGAAUGAUCUUUGACCUUGAAGUGCCACAGAAGGCAACCCAGGGCCACUCUAGAACCUACUGCUGCACAGCCACUACGCUGGGCUCUGUCAGCAAAGACAUUGCUGUCAUUGUUCAAGGACUGGAUGAAGGAGUCAGUUCCACCAUCUUCGUCAUUAUUAUUGUCAUCCUUGGAGUGGGCGUAAUCAUCAUAGCACUGUGUUUGAACUAUCGGCCCUGCAAGAUAGAGGGGAGGAACUUGCCCUAUAGGCAGAAGGAGAAGAACAAAGAGGAGGAAAGCCAGUUUGCUGUUCAACAAGCAGAAAAGCACAAUGCACAGAACUGUUAGUUAGAAAGAGCUAUUUGGUUGAAGGCACCCUCUACUACUGGGGUUUCCUGAGAGAGGGAAGAGGGAGUAGAAGAGAAAGGAAGAGACAUUAUCCUUUGUGUUCUAUGGUCCCAUAAAACAGUGUUUCAGGCCCUCAUGUCCUGUGGAUCCAAUCCACCCACAAGCUCCGCUCCUCUGAGUAGGAAUUCAGUCUCAGUGUUAACUGGUGAGAGGGCCUCUUGCUCCUUGCUGUGUGAUUUACCAGUCCACUCUCAGAUUCAGAAAAGAAGAUCCUGCCUGUGCCUUGUCACCCCCAUUCCCACUGCCCUUUGCUCCCAAACAUCAGACUGAAGAGAUAGCCAGAAAUAUCUCUGAAAUACAACUCAUUUCUCAUGGUUUCCUCAUGACUAAGUGGGAACCAAUUUCUUAGUCUGGGGACUGGAGUUUGAAGGGAGUCAAUACCAAACAAAGGGCUAGGAAUCAGAACCCGAUUCCCGCCUACACAUUCCUGUGCUCCCCUAGCCUGGGGUUCUGGAAUUUUGGCUCCCAGAGCUGAGCUUGAUGACAUCAUUAAGGCUCAGUGUCUGGUUAGGCUUCAACUCACUAACCAUCUAUUGUGUGCCAUAGAGGAGUAUACAAAUCAUAAGCAAUUCCACACUGGGUCAUACAUGCAGCUUUUCUAGCCCAGUGUUCUGUCCCUGAAAUGGAAGGUAGAGUUCUUCCAUGAAAUUGAGCUCCAAACAUCUCUGAAUUCCUUUUCAUAAUCCAUUAUAGAGUAAAUCAUCUGUGAGUUCACAUUAAACAUAUUAAUUUUUUUUUACCUGUACAAGCUCUUAGGUUAGA